AUUUGCAGGAUGGGUUGGCACGAGCUACUAUGGUUGGGAAGGCUGCUUCUUCUUAUGCAAUUGGUUCAUGGUUGGGGAAAACUUGGUCAUUAUGCUGUUUGCAAGAUCGCUGAGGGGCAUCUCACUGAAGAUGCUAUGGCGACAGUCAAAGACCUGCUCCCAGAUUCUGCUAAAGGUGAGCUUGCAUCUGUAUGUUCUUGGCCUGAUGACAUCAAAUUGUACUACAACUGGCAGUGGACAUCCUCCUUACACUAUGUUGACACCCCUAAUUUCAAGUGUAACUAUAAAUACAUCCGAGACUGCUAUGAUUCUGCUGGGCGCAAAAAUAAUUGCGUAACAGGAGCAAUUUUCAACUAUACAAGACAACUCUUUUCAGCAUAUAAGAGAUAUAAUCCCGUGUUGAAAUACAAUUUGACAGAGUCACUCAUGUUCUUAGCUCAUUACAUGGCGGAUGUCCAUCAGCCUUUACAUGUUGGCUUCACAGGAGAUUUAGGUGGGACUAGUAUUAAAGUUCGUUGGUAUCGUAGGAAGACGAAUCUACACCAUGUUUGGGAUACCAUGAUUAUUGAUACUGCGGUGAAGACGUUCUAUGACUCGGAUCUUUUAUCCAUGAUUCAAGCUAUACAAAGGAAUAUUACUGAUGCUUGGUCCAAUGAAAAAUCAUCAUGGGAAUAUUGCAUACAUAACAACGCAGUUUGUCCUAACAUAUAUGCUUCUGAAAGUGUUAGGUUAGCAUGCAAGUAUGCAUAUAAGAAUGCCACACCUGGAAGCACCUUAGAAGAUGAUUAUUUCCUCUCUCGGUUGCCCGUCGUGGAGAAAAGGCUAGCUCAAGCUGGGAUUCGCCUAGCCUCCGUGCUCAACCGACUGUUUAAUUUCCGAGUGAAAAUCUGCCGAUCUUGA